UCGCGCGGCCCGGUUGCCGUGGGAACCGCAGGAGGAGGCUGCGUCCGCAGACCUCGCUGCGAGCUGUACGGAGGCCCGGGCAUGGAGCUGCCGGAUCCGGUCCGCCAGCGGCUGGGAAACUUCAGCCGGACCGUGUUCAGCGACUCCAACCGGACCGGGCCAGAGUACAGCGACGGUCCGGAUAAUGAAAUGGUAUCUAGUUUGGCGUUGCAGAUGUCACUUUAUUUUAACACUUACUUUUUCCCACUUUGGUGGAUAAGCAGCGUUAUGAUGCUUCAGAUGAAGUAUUCAAUCUUGCCUGAUUACUACAAAUUUAUUGUGGUCACUGUUAUCAUCCUAAUAACCUUAAUUGAAGGUAUCAGGUUGUAUCUGGGCUACAUGGGGAACCUACAGGAAAAGGUUCCUGAGUUGGCUGGCUUUUGGCUUUUGAGCCUCCUAUUGCAGCUGCCUUUAAUUCUCUUCUUGCUCUUUAAUGAGGGCCUAACAAAUCUGCCCUUGGAAAAAGCGAUACACAUCAUCUUUACUUUGUUCCUUACUUUCCAAGUUGUUUCAGCCUUUCUUACCCUGAGGAAAAUGGUAAAUCAGUUGGCGACUCGUUUCCACCUCCAAGACUUUGACCGGCUCUCUGCAUAUAGAGGAGGCGUGAGAAGAAUGAGAUCUUGUAUAGAAGAGAUUUGACCCAGUGCUGUUGAGUGAAAAGCUGAAAGGUCAGCUUUUCCACAAGAGGAAAAUAUCAGAGUUCUAGCAUGAGGAGAACAAAGCUAGUGUUUUGAACUAUAUAUUCUUUAGCUUUGAAAUUGCAAAGUUGGGGGUAAUAAGACUGUAUAGUACAUGAAAGCAGUGAGUCAACCCUAAAGCCUAAAUAGUGUCCAUUUGGCACCAGAUUUCUUAAUAUUCUUGUUGACUUUUCAGGUGUGUAGAAGUCUGUGUUAGUAGUCACAGUUUACGAGCUUUACGGGAAUAUUUCUAGGUAGCACCUAAAACUAGAAAUGUGUAUAUUUCUGUUAAACUUGUUGGCUAUUCAUGCCUUGGCAGUACGUCUGAAGCACAUGGCAAUUCUUGUCAGUAUUCUGAUGUAUUAUAUAUUUGUAAAUCUAGAUACCGAUUUUUCAUGUCUGCUAGGGUUAAAUUCUAACCCUACUCCUAGCUUUUAUACUGAAGUUAAAAACCGGUGGAUUAUCAUGGUAUUUGGGAAAUCAUAAAAUUGUAAUUUUCAUAAAACCAUGUUCAGUAUUUAUAGUCAUGAUGUGCAAAAUGUCUUUAUAAUAAAUUAUGAAAUAUUUAUGUUAAAGUA